UCACUUUUCAUCAAUUCAAAAAAAGUUGGACUGUGCAUGUCUCAGAAAAAUGGCGAUUGAUAAAUUUUUGUUCAUUAUUUGAAAGCACAGUCCUAGGAUAUACAAUUAAAUCGUUUAUUAUCUGGUUGUAAAGCUGCGAACCAAACCAGGGAAUGGCUGACGCUGUGGUGGAGCGGAGACCUCCCGCUCGCUUCUUUUGCCACAGGUGUAACAUAGAAUUUGAGGAUGUUUUGCAGGAUUACAGAUGUCCGUAUUGUGCGAGUGGGUUCAUUGAACAGCUUGAGAGUGAGACGGAGGGAUCGGCACUCUCCGGAGAUGACUUCAGUGAUGCAGACAUGAGCAAUUUAGAUGAUUCAGAUGAUACACAUCAAAGUGCCAGCCACCCGAUGCUGAGCGACUUGGCGUUUCUUAUGUCAGGAGGGCGACACCGCGGCGGCGGGCGGCCGGAGACCCUCCUGGAACAGCUGGUGUACUCCAUCAGCGGCAGCGGCCCGCUCGGCGGCGCCGCCGUCACCGCCGGCGCGCCGUUCGUGCUCGUCGGCGCGCCCGGCGACUACGUCUUCGGCGGCGAGGGUUUAGACGCGGUGGUGACACAGUUACUAGGACAGCUCGAGAACGCGGGGCCUCCGCCGCUGCCUCGGGAACAAAUCGCCGCCAUACCCAGUGAGGCCGUCACAGAAGAACAGGCCGCAGCCAACACAUCAUGUUCAGUGUGUUGGGAGAACUUCCAGAUGGGCGAGAUGGUGUCUAAGCUGCAGUGCGAGCACAUAUUCCACUCGACGUGCAUAGAGCCGUGGCUGCAGCUGCACGCCACGUGCCCCAUCUGCCGGCGCUCGCUGCUCACGGAGGAGCCCCCGGCCGAGCCCGGCGCCGAGCGCGAGCCGCCCGCGCCGCCGCCCCGGCCCAGCUCCACGAUGGGCGGCAUGCCGACGGUGCGGCUGCGGCGGCUGGCGCGGCGCCGGGCGCCGGGCGCGGCGUGGGACGCGGCGGCGGACUCGUCGUCGUCGUCCGACGCGUCCGUCACGGCCGGCGGGCUGUGGGCCGGCCCGCGCGGGGACUCCACCUCCACGUCGUCGCUCAACUCCGCCGCCACGGACGCGUCGCGCGACAACAUGUACAACAUGGACAUCGACUUCGACUAGGGGCCGCCGCGGCCGCGCGGCCCGCGCCGAGCCGCCGGCGACCAGACACCUGUGCGCGUGUGAUGCUCCCCUGGUACGUUCGGGAGACGGACCCGACUAAAUAUUCGCUUUAUUUUGAGAGUAGAGAGUUCUGACGUCCAGUCGGAGGUGAAAGCGAAUCGAAAAAAGUGGUUAAAGUUGUAAUCGUAAUCGUUGAAAUAAUAUUAAAAACUAGAAACUCAUUAUACGUUUUACUUGGCGAGCCUCCUAACGAAAAAUCUCGCAAAAGAAACGUACGCUUUAUAAUCGCGACGAAACACUGAUGGACUCAGCCUAAUACCGGCAAACUGCAACAUACUAUCAAACUGAGCCUUAUCCAGCGGUGCCCUCAGGCAGUAGGUCACUAUAAGAAAUUCACACAAAAACCUGAAUUAGACAACUACUUUGAAUUACUAGUGGCUCUGUGAGCUGUGGCCCACGUGAAUCCCCAUGGUUCAAAUCAAAAAAUGCGACCUGUAGAUGAAAAUGUUUUUUGCCCAACCUAAAUUGGAAACCUUUGCUUAGACCGAUAACCAAAAAAUUACGAGAAAAGAUUUGAUAAACAAAACAUAAGCUUCGUAUGUUAUGUUUUCUUUGUACAAUCUAUUAAAUACACGUCUGCAAACGUCAGCUCACUAGGGCUAGGGCUAAUUUUAAUAUCACUCUAGAUAUACAACAGAAACACAUUAUAAUUACAGAACAUUUGCAUAUGUCUUGUAAUUAUAAUGGAGAUUUCUUAAAAAUUGUGAACUGACGAUUAUUUAUUUAUUUAGCCGCUCUCCUUGAGAACUCUCUGCUCUUUUAUUUUUUAAUGCUUUCCCUUCUUGUUUAAGAUUGAAAAUCAUGUAGAAUGUUCAAGGAGGUAAAGUCUAAAAAGAAUAGUAAAGUACAAAUGUCGCGCAGGCCUACGUCGACCGCUCCGCUGCUGGUACUUUAGGAUUAAAUGAAAGAAGAUUCAUAGUUAAAAUUAAAGUUAUUUAAAUUAACGAAUGCUGGACUAUGAUUAUCUGCCUUAAUACCGUUGUGCGAUCGGAAACUUAUGUUUACCUCUUCAUAGAGGUAAUAUUAUUAACACAGUUAUUAUUUAAAUACCUAGUAACAGAGUGGACUUUGAAAAAGUUCCGUUUCUUAUAUAGCUGCAGAACUGCAAAAUUAUCUUUGUGUAUAGACUUUCAGCUGUAACAAAUUGUUUAAUGCGUUAUUUUCGUGUAAAUUUUGUAAAUAAAUGUAAUUGUAAGCCUUUGUUGCGUAUAAUAAAUUUAUGGGUAUACUUGCAUUGCCUUGAGUGCCAGACACUUAUGGCGUUGUUCAUAAACAAGCUACAAGCCCCAGUUACCAAUUGAUCGUGUGUCUUAUCUGUAAUUUUGGCUUGUGGAAUUUUAUUUCAGUAACAUUUCGUACGGUCACGUUCUGAAUAUAUCGAUACGAACGAAGUACCAAAAUAUGUAUACACUACCUACCUUAAUAUAUGGGCAAUAAUAUCGUGUAUACAUAUUUUUGGCACUUUGUUCGUAUCUAUAUUAUUAGACGUGACUGUACCUUGUCGCAGUGAAAAUAGUAUAAGGUCCCUAGUGACUUUCAUAUUUAUUGCCACAGAGAUAAGGUGCAAAAUGGUACUGAAAUUAAAUUAUUUGACUGUAAGAAGGAGAUAAAACAUAAGUAAUUGAAUAAAUUGAGGCUUGUAAACUUUUAUGAAUGAGGGGUUAGAAUGUAGUCCACAGAGCUUGUGGGGUAUCUUUUAUUAAUAUAUUCUUACAUUUUGAACGCCGAACGUUAAUACAUAAGGGCGAUAUAGACAAAAUUGUUAACGAGUAGGUAAUAUUUCACUAUCGCCCGUGAUACAGGCGAUGUUUUUCAUCACACUUGCGAGGAAAAUACUAGUUUUAAGCAAAUCUAAUUACAACAAAAAUCACAAAUGGUCUUAUGUUAAUUUGUGUUUUGACGCAUAAAAGGCCAAAACCUAUUUUCGUCACAUUUUAGUGACACAAUGAA